AUGCCAUUGCAUCAAGAGACAGUGAAGGGCACUGCGGGUGAGGGCAUGAUGAUCUUAGUGGUCGUGAGAGGCCUCGAGGCUGCCUCUCGGUGCCCCUGCUGCAGCUACACCACCACGUCCCGCAGUCUCAUGGAAAUCCACAUCGCCACACACACGCGGGAGAAGCCCUUCGCGUGUCCUCACUGCCCCUUCAGAGCCUUCCAUAACGCUAACCUGAAGACGCACCUACGCAUCCACACGGGCGAGAAGCCAUACACGUGUCCUUACUGCCCGUAUUCCGCCGCGCAGAAGGAGAAACUCAAGGCCCACAUCAGAACCCACACCGGGGAGAAGCCCUUUGCGUGUGAGCACUGCCCCUACCGUUCCACCCGUAAGGACCACCUCAAGUCCCACGUGAGGCUGAGACACAUGCGUCGCACGCCUCCACAGCCUCCCCUAGCCAUCUGA